UCUAUUUUGACUAUUGACUAGUGACUACUGAGUAGUGAAUAGUGAUUACUGAUUAAUAAAAUUGCUUUUUGUACAUAUCUACAUAUUAUUUUUACGAAUUAUUCAUAAUCCAACAUUCAUUGAGCCAAAAAAUAUCUUACGAUGUGUUUAACAAUUCCUUAAUUUGUUUCCGCGAAUCGUGGUAGUGUCAUAUUAUUAUAAGAAAUUUUAUUUUAUAUUUAAUAACAAAAAAGCUGUUGUAAAAAGAAAUAAUAUCCCAUUAUCACUACUCGUAGCAGGAAAUUCUAGUAUUUUUUGUAGACGUAUUAUAAAUUAUAAUUUCAUAUCGUACUGUAUGUCAUAUCAAUGCUGACUAAGAUGUGAUUCAUCUUAUUCAUAAAGUCCUAUAAUAAUAUGUUUGAUUCUAAAGAAUUCGACAAAGAUUUCGAUAAUUUUUAUGAGGGCCAUAAACAGUUUUCAAGAAUGAAUAUGUCAACAAUAGCAUAUGGAAUAGUGGGUAUUGUCAUCUUGCUUAUGAUCCUGGCUUGUUGUUGCCGUCGUCGUCGGAACAGAGGUGAAGUGCUCAGCGUUGAGACCAGCACCGUGCGAGUGCCCGUGCCACCCGCGCCAUAUCCUCAGCAGCAAUACGCGUCGCCUCAUCAGUACCCGGUCGCGUCUCAGUACCCACAACAAAAUACCAGUAUGCCGUAUCCCACGGCGACGCCUUAUCCCGCCGGACCUUAUCCGGUGGCGGCCCCUUACCCGUCAGGGGGCGCGACCUAUCCCGCUCCGGGAGCCCCCUACCCGUCGGCCGGGGCGCCUUACCCCACGGGCGGAGCGCCUUACCCCACGGGCGGAGCGCCUUAUCCCACGGCGGCUGCGCCCUUCUCGACUGGCUCUUCAUCAUAUCCGGCUGCGCAGCCUAGUGCCCCUGAAGCCAGCGCGCUUCCGCCGUCCUACGACCAAGCCGUGGGCAAGCAGACGAACAUUUACGCGGCGCAGUGACGCGUCCGCGCUUCUGUACAGCGGACGUUUCGUUAUUCGUGAAAUAUUGAUAACGUUUAGGUGCCGUGACCGGGCUCUUCCCACCCUUAUGUUUCCGAUUAUGUAUACGUAAUCGAUCCCGAUAAAUUGCAUAAGUGGGACUCCGGGGUAAUUAAGUUUAUAUGAAUUUAUCUUAAUCACUAUUAUGACUGUCUGUCCCCACUGUAGUAUAUGGAAUGAAACAUUAAUCGAGUCAUUUCGUAUCCCCUUGUAAUUUUUUAGAAAAUCUUGAUUCUAUAGUCAAGUAAUACCUGACCAAUAUCAGUUAUUGCAAUAGCGAGCGAUUGUCCGCCGGGCAAAGUGAAGAAAAUGGUUAACAAUUAUAACUAUAAGAGUUUUAUUUGACUAUAGAUUCUCUCAUUUCAAUCGGAUUUUAGAAAUAGUGGUCUCAAAUUUUAAUGCAAUCACUACUCUAAUAAUGUACCAGUAGACCAGUUUUUAUUAAUAUUAUAAAAUGCAGUUCUCGCCAAUUGUUUACGUGAAGUGGAACAUAAUUAAUGGUUCUUAACGUUGUAAUAGAUAUAUAGAGAAAUAUUAUUCCAUUGUGUUAUAUGUUUUGUAUGAAAAAUGUUGGCCAGGGUUUUUGACUGAUAAAUAGGUUAGAAAAAUUUACCGCAUUUUCGAACUGCCUUAGAAUAGUUCGGUAAACACCGACAUACUCAUGUAAUAGCUGAAAGUGUAGGGAACUCGCUCACAGCAGGCAGCUCAUCUGUUGAGCUCAAUAUUCAGAGUUGCUCGAGUCUUAACUAGUGCUCAACGGUAUUUUGCGAAAUAAAAAAGCAAUUCAAUAAACAUUUAUAUUUCACAUUUAUUAUUAAGAGGACCCUAAUGCACGAUUUGGGAAGUAUUAGAUGCGUUUUUGAAAGAUUUAAAAAUAUAUAUUAAGAAAAUGUUUUUUAUUUAUUUACAUUUUGAGAUUAAUUCGAACAAUGUAUUUUAGGGCAUACGUUUAAGCAGAAUUUGCUAGGUUUAUGUAUUCGUACUUAUCUUUAUUUCGCUAAGAUUACAUUUUAAUUUACGCAUUAUAAAUGUUAUGGACAUCCGAAUUAUUUUUAAUACCUUUAGUCAGACAAUUUGUCUACAAAUGUUAAAUAAUGAAUUAAGUCGUCUAUUUUUUCUGUGAUAAACAAGAUAAAAGGUUUAUUUGUACAAAUAUAACGUUAUGGUUACCGUAAGUACACAAAUAUGUAUCGUAAUGCUGGUAAUUUACUUCGACGUUUUGUGCCUAAGUCUGUCCAUUGGGAAUUAGUAUCUUCCACGUUCCAAGCUAUUUAGAUUUUAAUAAAAUGUUCCAUUUUCAA